GAUGAUAGAUAAACAGGACAGCUCCUGGCAACGGGCACCUGGACCAAAGGGCUCUGCCUGCCUCCUGGCACACAGGCCGGCCAGACCGACGUGAGGAGCGGCUGGGCAGCGGGUCCCCGGGCGUCGUGCCAUGUGGACCAGCUGGUGGCUCUGGCCCCUGGUGGCCGCCUGCGCUGCGGACCAAUUCCGGGACCUGGCGGUGAGGAUCAUGCAGGACACGCCUGUCAUUGACGGGCACAAUGACCUGCCUUGGCAGCUGCUGCGUCUGUUCAACAAUCAGCUUCAGGACCCGGGGGCCAACCUCUCCAGCCUGGCCCACACGCACACCAACAUCCCCAAGCUGAAGGCUGGCUUUGUGGGCGGCCAGUUCUGGUCCGCGUAUGUGCCCUGCGACACCCAGAACAGAGACGCCGUGAGGAGGACCCUGGAGCAGAUGGACGUCAUCCAGCGCAUGUGCCAGGCGUAUCCCGAGACCUUCGCCUGCGUCACCAGCAGCACAGGCAUCCGGCAGGCCUUCCGGGAGGGCAAGGUGGCCAGCCUGGUGGGCGUGGAGGGUGGCCACUCCAUCGACAGCAGCCUGGGUGUCCUGAGGGCCCUCUACCACCUGGGCAUGCGGUACAUGACACUCACCCACAGCUGCAACACGCCCUGCUCUCCCAGGGCCGACAACUGGCUGGUGGACAAGGGCGAUGACAAGGCCCAGAGCCAAGGCCUGUCGCACUUUGGGCAGAGCGUUGUGAAGGAGAUGAACCGGCUGGGCGUCAUGAUCGACUUGGCCCACGUGUCCGUGGCCACCAUGACGGCUGCUCUGAAGCUGUCCCAGGCCCCCGUCAUCUUCAGCCACUCCUCGGCCUACAGUCUGUGCCCGCACCGGCGCAACGUGCCGGAUGACGUGCUCCAGCUGGUGAAGGAGACGGGCAGCCUUGUGAUGGUCAAUUUCUACAACGACUACGUUUCCUGCUCGGCCAAGGCCAACUUGUCCCAAGUGGCAGAUCACCUGGACCACAUCAAGAAGGUGGCGGGAGCUGCGGCCGUGGGCUUCGGUGGGGACUACGAUGGUGUGUCCAGGGUCCCCUCGGGCCUGGAGGACGUGUCCAAGUACCCAGACCUGGUGGCCGAGCUGCUCAGGAGGCAGUGGACGGAGGCCGAGGUCAGGGGCGCCCUGGCCGACAACCUGCUGAGGGUCUUCGAGGCAGUGGAGCAGGCCAGCAAUCACGCUCAGGCCCCAGGGGAGGAGCCCAUCCCGCUGGGCCAGCUGGAGGCUUCCUGCCGGACGAACUACGGCUACUCAGCCGCCCCCAGCCUCCACCUCCCGCCGGGCUCGCUGCUGGCCUCCCUCGUGCCCCUCCUCCUCCUCCUCCUCAGUCUUCCGUGACUCCCCGGGGACCAGCUGACAUGCACUGUGCAGGCUUAGACUGGUCUGCCCUGAGCAGGGCCCCGGCUCCGGGAGGCGCCCUGGGACCCUCAAUAAAGGUAGCGACACUUCGA